GUUCCGGUUCCGGGUCGCGCAGCCUGUCAUGGCGGCGCCCAGUGGGCCGGAGGAGGCGGCGGCCCCUGGGAGGAGGCAGCCGUUCGGGAGCCGCUUCCUGACCGACCCGAGCCGACUCUUCCAGCACAACGCUUGGGAUAAUGUAGAAUGGUCUGAAGAGCAGGAAGCCAGUGCAAGGAACAAAGUUCAAGAGAACAGCAGGCAGCUUGUUCCACAAGACAAACAAGAUGAAUAUGAGCUCAAUGCUAAUGAAUACUGGAAUGAUUUCUAUAAAAUCCAUGAAAAUGGCUUCUUCAAGGACAGACAUUGGCUGUUCACUGAAUUUCCUGAACUGGCACCAAACCAGAACCUAAGUCAACCUGAGGCUUCUGCAUACAAAGAUGGUAGCACUAGAAAACCCAUAAACACCGGGCUGGGGAGCUGUGAAAAUGGUCUUUGUUCAUUGGAAACCAGAACACAAGAGCAUCAUCAAUUGGACUCGAUGAAAGACCGUAAUAAUAUUAUCAACAGACUCGACGCAGAUGGAGAAGCAAUACUGAAGUUGGGUGACCUGAAACUAAGUGAUGGUGACUUCCCAGGAUCCUCUGCCACCUACCGUAUACUAGAGGUUGGCUGUGGUGCUGGAAAUACGGUCUUCCCAAUCUUGCAAACCAACAAUGAUCCGGGACUUUUCGUUUAUUGCUGUGAUUUUUCCAGCACAGCUGUAGAUCUUGUCCAGACCAAUGCAGAGUAUGACUCUUCUCGCUGUUUUGCCUUCGUUCAUGACCUGUGCAAGGACCAAAGCCCAUACCCAAUGCCAGAGGAGAGUCUUGACAUCGUUAUUCUCAUCUUUGUCCUAUCAGCUCUUCUCCCAGAAAAGAUGCAGCGCGUCAUGAACAGACUGAGCCGGCUUCUGAAACCAGGAGGAAUGAUUCUGUUACGAGAUUAUGGUCGUUAUGAUCUGGCGCAGCUUCGGUUUAAGAAAGGUCGGUGUCUGUCCGAUAACUUCUACGUGAGAGGCGAUGGGACCAGAGUUUACUUCUUUACACAAGAUGAAUUGGAUGCUCUUUUCACCACGGCCAGGUUGGAAAAAGUCCAGAAUCUGGUCGAUCGGCGCCUGCAGGUGAACCGAGGGAAACAAGUGACGAUGCAUCGAGUGUGGAUCCAGUGUAAAUACCGCAAGCCCUUCCCUGCAGGACAUAAGGAGAAUGGGCACAUUCAUUAGCAAGGCGUGUCUAUCACAUGUGCUGUAUUUGGACUUGCUGGGACUCUCCUCCUGUGCAGCGUGUGGCACUGAGCAGACUUGUCAUACCAUGCUGAAUUCUGACGCCUCCUGCAAUGACCAAACUAGUCGUAAGUUCACCUGCUUUGUGUGCAAGCUGGAGCUAUGCUGAGGACAACUCCACGACAAUCCUAGUUACUAGUCUUUGUUUUUAAAAUUAAGGGUGACUAACAAUUUAGCUAAGAAACGGGCACUAACUGUGUCUUGUUGAGCCUGAGCAAAAUGAGUAACGAGUCCUCUGUCUUCCGAGUGUCUGCAGGAAAAGGAACAGGAGUUUGGACCUUAUCUUCAGGUUUUGCAGUUUGCAGGACAGUGGGGUUCAUUGCAGCCAUCCACUCCACCCACACCAGCUCCUCCUGCCCCAUCACCUUUUUGUCACUCGCUGCUCCGGGUAGUGAAAACCAAAGUCACAUGACUUGCAAAUCAGCUACAGCGAGGGGUGGGUUGCCCUAACAGGUUUUAAAAGUCAGGCUGGCUAGUGAGUGCAGAUUCAUUCCAGGCCUGUGCAAGCUCCCAGAGAGAGAAUCACCUUCCAUCCUCCGUAAGGUAAUCAGCUGACUCAGUGUGGUGGACGGUGUCUAGUAGUUAACUUACUAGAAGCCUACCACAAGGUUCAAAAGCUAUCCUUGUGUUCCACACCUUUGGGAGCCAGGUUUUUUUUUUACUCUGGGGAAACUGUUUUAAAUAGAGCACGAGGAUACAGAACUGAUUUGCGAUCAACUUUGCCAGCCAUGGUUUACACCACUACUUACGUCUUUCCAAUCAAGCUAGUGUGCUGUACUACAUCUGCGCUGAGGAGAUCCAGGUUCAAGUCAGUCAAGCACGGAGCAAAAAGCAUGUUGUGAUUGGUGUCAAAGUACAGACCAGAAUAGACAAUCAUUUCUGAUUGUGGAUUUUCACACGUAUAGAGUGGAGAAGGUGGGGGAAAUUCCAUCAAGCCUAUGUUUCAUUAUCAGGAUAGGAAGAAAAUGACCAGGUUUGUGGGGGGAAAUGGGAUUGGCUAGGUGUGGGAGGGGAGAGACUGGAGGGGAUUUGGGAUGCUUCCGAGUAGCUGCUGACUUGUGACUCUCCUUCUCUCCAUCUACCUUCCACCACAACCUUCUUUUCCCCUAGUGCCUACCCCUCUCAGGAUCUCUGUGUUGGAGAGAACCCAGCCUGACACCUUCCUAAUGACUUGUUUUGGCUGACAUUGCUGGGGGGAGAGGGGCCAGGGCUGUGCUUAUGUCAUCUAGUGCACCUAACAUGCCAUUCCAUUCACAGCACGUAUAUUUUGAUGGUGAGAUGAUCAUGGGCCAAGAGUACCUACACAGGAAGGAGAUGUCAGCUCCUAAGGGGCUGUUUCAUCUCGCUGACAAAGACAUAACAAGAACCUAUGCCUGGAAGGGUGAAAGGGGAAGUAAAGAGAGAAGAAUUUGCUCCUGUCCCUUAGAAAUCAAUGGGAGCUUUGUCAUUGAGAGUAGAAGUCAAUAGGAGCUUUGUCAUUGAGACAGGACUGGGCCCAUUGGCUUGACUGGUGCUGGGAGAGCCCUCAGGCAUCAUGGUGACAUCUCCUGUCACCGUUGUCAUGUUUAGGAGCCGACCCUGUUGAUUCGUGACACUGCCACCACACAGCCAGCCUGUCCCUCUGCAAUUGUCAUUCCUAACUCCGUAGGGUGAUGCGUUCCAAGGCUGUGUACAGGUGCAAAGGUGACCCAGCAAGUCCCUUGGAGCCUCCCUUUGAGUGCCGUGCAUGCUGAUGCUAUUUUCAUGUUUAAAGUCAGACUCCAAAACAGUUCUUUGUGAAUACCUGAUUAAUGCUUGAGAGAACAGCUGGAAGAAAAGUUCUUGUUAAAGGUGCUACAAUCCUGCUCCUUCAGUUCAGGGUUGAGAGAAUUUUCAAACCACAUGGAUGGAGGAAGAAAAGACCAGACUCAAAAUGCCUACUAUUUCUAAGGCAAAAAACAUCUGGAGAAGGCAUCUUUUCUUCACAGAUAUUUAGGCUUGGCAGGAUUCAAUUUUUAUUUUUUAUGAUUUAGGUGGAUAUUGAUAUUGAAUUUUAUGCAUUUUUAUCAAUUUUCACAGUUGUGGGAAACUAUGGGGGGGAAGACAAUAGCAAUUUAAUGACCAUAGAUGUUGAGAUUCAAAAAUUUAAAGCUUUAUAACUGUUCAAACACAAAUUAUCAACCUCGCAUAUCAAAAUAUACCAAAUAAACACCCUGAAGUCAAAAACC